AUGUCUGAUUACAGUCAAUGUGGAAGCGAAGAAGUCUUUCUGGCUUGCAUAUUUGCUUCCAUUGAUGUAAGUUGGGAAGAAGCCAUUCAAUUUUCCCACAUGCUCAUGGCCGGUAGCGCAAAAUUUCUCUCAGCUAUCAUCUUCUUAUCCGACCAGAAGCGAUAUGUCAAGGUUCCUCCACAGGGGUCCGCUAUUAUCGAUGCAUGCAAGGUCUUGAAUAUUGUUCGAGAGGAACAUAGUUUCGAAAACGCAAAGCCAUCUGAUCUGGAGGCUGCAGAUUGUUUGAGCAAGUAUCCAUUUGCCUCUUCACCGCGCUAUACGGAUCAGUACGUCUCAGACGUCCGUCGAGGCCUCAGAAGCUGCGGGAUUUUUUUAUUCCUUCCAUUCUAUUUCGUUUGUUGGGUUCAGAUUUGGAACAAUCUUAUUUCACAAGCUGGCCAAAUAGCAUUACACGGAACGCCAAAUGACUUUCUGCAGAACCUAGAUCCGAUCGCCUUGUGUAAUUUUAUUCCACUUCUUGACUGUGAGUCCCAACCUGAUAAUAUCGACAAAAUGUCUACUCACGCUUGUACUUCCAGUGGGCCUUUAUCCAUUCCUUCGCAAGUUGAAAAUCAACUUCAGUCCAGUCUGUCGUAUACCUUCACCGAAUUCCUGCUAGUCUCGAUCUCCAUGGCCUAUGCCAGCGUGUUACAGCAUUACAUGUAUAUCUCUCCUGCAAACAGAAAUACACCUCCUGCGUAUAUCCUUGUGGCUAUCUCCGAAGCUUUUGUCAUUGUGACAGGCUUGGAACUUGCCUUCACGCAAGCCCCGAAAAAUCUGAGAUCUUUCAUCUCUGCACUUUUCAGGCUCAUGAUCGGCAUUGCGGCAGCAAUCUGCAUCGGUCUAAGCCCAGUAUCUCAAGAUCCGUAUAUUGUCUGGAUGUAUGGAUCUCUGGCAAUUGUGGGCUUCGUAGCGGGAUGUCUAUUUUACCUGUGCUUUAGAAAAAGCGACUCGCUUGAUGUGGAAAUUUCAAGAUCCGUCGAAUCGAUUUCAGUAGAAGGGCAUGGGGCACAUGUUACCCAGGUUGCCGAUGGUGGCAAAUACAAUAAACCAUAG